AUGGAAAGCAACAAAAAGCCAACAGAGGAAGAGGAAGCCAACAACAAAGAAGUGACAGCAAGCAAGCAAACUUCAGAGAAGCUCAAAGAGAAGGAUGACCAGCCACAAAACUUAAGGAAAGGGAAGGAAGAAAUAGAAGGACCAUCUCAAGGACAGAAGCAAGAUGAGAAGACUUCCACAUCUCCCUUGCCAUACCCUCAAAGGUUCAACAAGGAGACUAAUGAUCAACACUUCUCCAAAUUCUUUGAAGUCUUCAAGAAAUUGGAGAUUAAUAUUCCAUUGGCUGAGGCAUUAGAGCAGAUGCCUCUAUAUGCAAAGUUCUUAAAAGAACUUAUCAAUAAAAAGAGAAGUUGGCAUGAAAAGGAAACAGUGCUUCUCACUGAAGAAUGCAGUGCACCAAAUCUUAAAGAUCCAGGGAGUUUUGUAGUUUCAUGUACCAUAGGUAAGAUGACCUUAGACAAAGCUCUCUGUGAUCUUGGUGCUAGUAUCAAUUUUAUGCCCCUAUCAUUGAUGAGAAAGCUUGCCAUAGAAGAACUCAAACCUACCAGGAUGUCUUUGGUAAUGGCCGACAGAUCAAUCAAGACACCCAAUGGCAUUAUGGAAAAUCUAUUGGUGAAGGUUGGAGAGUUUAUUUUCCCAGCAGACUUUGUAAUUUUGGACACAGAAGAGGAAGAAAACAAUUCAAUCAUUUUGGAAAGGCCAUUUUUAGCCACAGCAAGAGCUAUUAUUGAUGUGGAGAAGGGAGAAAGGAUCUUCAGGGUACAGAAUGAGCAAAUGAUCAUCGAUGUUUUCAAAGCAAUGCAACAUCCCUCUAAGCAAGAAGAUUACAUGAGAGUAGAUAUAAUAGAAAGUUUGGUGGAAGAAAUGUUAGAAGCCAAUCAUCAUGAGCAACAAGAAGAAGAAAGGGAAGAAGAUCAGGAGACAAUGGAAGCACAAGUAGCUGAAAUUUCCAGUGAGAAAGAGGUGAAACAAGACAAGAAGGAAGAAGUGCCAAAACAAGACUUGAAGCCUCUCCCUAUUCAUCUCAAAUAUGCAUUCCUUGGCAUAGCAAAUAGCUUUCAAGUGAUCAUCAACUCUUCCCUGACUGAAGAAGAAGAAGGAAAGCUCCCUAAUGUACUAAAGGCUCACAAAGAUGCAUUAGGAUGGACUAUUGAUGACUUAAAGGGUAUUAGUUUUGCAGUUUGCGUGCAUAAGAUCCUCUUGGAAGACAAUUCCAAACCAGUGGUUGAUGAUUGGAUUUUUGAUGAUUUCAAUUUAAUUGCUAAUUUGAACAUGUCUUUUGUUAAUGCUUACCAAGUGUUCGCUGAAUUGUUUACUUUGAGUAUGGAGUAG